CAAGAGGUGUCAAAUCAUCAGGAUGCUGUUUGUUCAUGUUUGGCUGUAAUAAACACUGUGGCCUAUAGGGGGCAGGACCGAAGACUGUCGACCCUGUAAAGGUUUUCUUAAUGAAGCAGCUGAUGUGAGGAGCUCUGACAGCGACAGGCCUACGCCUCCUCCCUCGCUGCAAUGACAUGAGGAAUGCGUCCUGCAGGCCGACACACGUCUCCUCCUGCCGUCAUGUCAGCAGAUAAGGAACCUGUGGAAGACCUUCACUGCAGUGUGACAGAACGACGAGACCUGCUGAGAGGAGAUGAGGGGAUACCGAUCCAUCAAGUACACUUUGUUCAUCUUCUGCUACUUCUUCUGGGUCGUGAGCGCCGUCCUCAUAGCAGUGGGCAUCUACGCCAAGAUCGCCAAAGAGAAAGAUGUAGUUGACACCCUGAUGUUGGAUCCAGCUCUGCUCCUGAUCGUCGUCGGCUCGGUGAUGUUUCUCAUCACGUUCCUCGGAUGUUUUGGGGCGCUGCGUAACGCCACCUGCCUGCUGAAGACGUUUCUGGGGAUCCUGGCGACCGUCCUCAUCCUGCAGAUCACCGCUGGCAUUGUGGGAUACCUCUUCACCGACAUGGUGAUGGAGAGGACGGAGAGGCUGAUGAUGAAGGCCGUCGUCCGCUACAGGGAGGACCGGGACCUGGAAAACGCCAUCGACUUCAUCCAGAAGAAGUUUCAGUGCUGUGGAGUGCAGAGCUACAACGACUGGUCCCAUAACGUCUACUUCCACUGCUCGGAUACCAACCCGAGCCUGGAGGCCUGCGGAGUUCCCUUCUCCUGCUGCAUUGGCCAGCAGAACCAGACGGUGCUGAACACUAUGUGUGGUUAUGGGAUGCAGCAGGCGGGCAAGCGUUUGGCUGGUCAGGACGUCUUCACCGUCGGCUGCCUGGAGAAGAUCGUCUGGUGGGCCAAAAACAACCUGCUGCUGGUGGCCGCUCUGACUGCUGGUCUGCUGCUGCUCGAGGUUUGCAUGAUCUGCCUGGCUGCUGCUCAGAUUUCCAGGAUAAAGAAAGUCCAACGACAAACGAAAGAAAACGCAUCGCGAGGCAAUUCAGAAAGGAAGGACAGCUACUGGUAUCCUGCUUUUGCAGACUUCGAUGACGAAUAAAAUCAGAUUCUGAGAUUUCUCAGGCCGGUUGAGGGGACGGACACAAAAUAACCUCCGGAAUUCUCUAAAAGGGAAUUUUCUGUCAUUCCGGGUCAAAUGAAAGCAGCUGAACGUUGAUGCUCUUCACACUGUGAGCUUCUCGUCACGUAUCUGGUUAAACGUCCCUCAGCAAGACUCAGAGCUGUUGGCUUUUGAACUACCUCAUGUGAAAGCUUCUCUUCAUCACAUCUUUAUCAAAGUCACUGAAAGUCAGCUCUGUUGGUGCUGAACAUUGAUUCAGCUGCAUGUUUGGCACGUACGCCUGCUGCGUCACAGCGCCAUGUGUGACGAGAUGUUUGUGUGCUGAAUGUGUACAAUAAUUCUGGUGAGAAUAAACCUUGAUGAGCCUGUCUGUCAGAAACUCACAGAGGAAACUCAUUUGGGUUGUUUACACCUGCAAUCUCGUUCUUUCAGUCACAACCCAAACUUUAGGGGGACUUGGAUUCCUCAGUCUGUACACACAUAAUGAUACGUUAAGGCAAAAAAACUUGUCUAUUGCCAGUUUAAUGACAAGCAUGAGAGAUAAUGUCAUGACUUUCCUUUAAGUAAAGGAUCUAAAUAUUUUUUUUAGAUGGAUAGCAUAUGUGUGGUAUGGUCAAAACACCUGAAAAUGAAGGAGUGUAGAAAUAAGAUGCCUUUGUAACAGAAUGACUGCUGUAAAAUAAAUGUUUAAUGUGAUUUGCUUUUUAGUUUGUUUUAAAUAGUCUGUCUUUUACUGUACUUUUACUGUCAGUUUUGUCUGUUCAAGCUGGUGUGUAAAAUCUGUGGAGUUGCCCUUUAAUCUAGAAAGCAAGAGCCAUUAGAACACAAUAAUUACUUUAAAAUUAGUACCGAAAAUACAAUUAAUAGAGUGAUUUAUCAA